CGUGAGCGAUAAAAAUGGCGGCUGUUUUAUGGCCUGUGGAACAAACGUGGUGUUCACCCACUUUAGAUUUAUAUUUCCGAAGUUAUUAAACCAUCUACAAUUUUGCCAUGUAACUGGAAGAAAAGCAAGAUUGAAUCACUUAAGGAUAUACCGUCUGCUUGACCGUGUGUGCGGUCUAGUGGUCUGUGAAUUUUGAAGAUUGAAUAAUUUUGGGAACUUGGGUAAUCAAGGGCCGACUCUAAAAUGGACGACUACCCAGAACUAAGUCAUCUGAUAGCAAUGGUUCAACACCACGACACCCACAAGAAGAUGCUAGCCAGCGAAGAGCUAAAGGAAUAUCUGAGCAAUCCUUUAAGUCCGCUAACGGCCGAUGCGAUAGAUUGUUUAGUUGAUAACUUGAAAACUUGGAUAAACAGUGGGAACUACAAGGUAUAUCAAUAUACACAUACAUGUAAAAUUUCUAAAUGUUUUGAACUGAAAAAUUAAACAAGAAACUUAAUACUAAAUAUAUAUUGAAAUCAAAAGUAGAAUAUUUUCAUUUCUAAAACACAGUUUUGAAUUUGCAUCCAACCCUCGGUCCCUCGUGCAGUAUUAUAAAAUUAACAAUUUCAAUGAUAAAUUAUGUCUAUAAACAGCAAAGAGACAGUUUUUCCGAUUAAAUAGUUUGCAUUUGACUGCUAAACUUGUUUUUACAGGUAAAUAUUUAUCGAAUAUUCUUUUUUCGAAGUAAAAUUCCUUAUUCACGUUAUUUAUAUGUAUUGAGUACAAUAUGUGUAUAGAGUCUUCCUCAUAAAUAUAUAUUUUACUGAAACGAAUUUUCUAGUAACUGUAUUACAGUAGCAAUAUAGUGUACAGCUUUUUUAGGUUGUAGCUCAAUUUUAGUUGUUUUUCAAUUCUAAUAUAUUUAUCAUGUGGAUUUUAUAUCAUCUGGUCCAUGCCCUUAAAAGUGAAGGUUAUUUGCAUCUGCGGAUGAACAGUGGCAGAUAAAUACGUUGUCUAUUCUCAUGAGAAACGUCAAUAUUUCUAACAGUAUAAAAGGCUCGAAUGUUUUAGACAAACAUUAAAGUUUAAUGUGGACAUAGACAAUGUUUUUAAGUUUGACUGUUCAACCUUUUGGUUCAAAUCUUGUUACUAAUAUAAUAAAAUAAUAGUGCCAUCAUUUUCAUUUUCUUUGAUAUCUAUGAUGAUUUAUUUCUGUCAUCUGAACUCUUGUAGAUAAGUGCAAGUGGAUUGGAAUUAUUCACAAUACUCGUACGAAGAGGAGGCAAGUCUGUCAAACUGAACUUAAAUAAAGGUGAGUGACAUUUUGUCUGUAUAUUUGCAUUGCCUAUUAAAGUUGCAUGAGUUGCUAAAUUUCCUGUUCUACUCAUUGAUGUAUUCUCUUAUACACUGUUUUCCAAUAUCAGCAAUUUGUCAACAAUAGCCAAGUGGGUGUAAGCAAUAUCUGGUUUGAAAGCUAGUGAAAAGUGUAGAUUGUUAUAUUUGACUAUGCUUUUAUUAUGCACAUUUAGUUUUCAUUCCAUUAAAUUUAUGUCAUAGUACCUGCCAAGCCAUAGAAUAAUGUGUCUGGCUAAUCCAAAGUCUAUGCUAAUCCAAAACAUGCAUCAAUCAGUGGCGUGCUGGCAGGGGGGGGCCGGGGGGCCACGGCCCCCCCAGCUGGCAAUUCUUGGGGGGCGCAGAAAUGAAAAGGGAGGUGCCGAUCCUGCGCCAAAUUUUGAAAGUGGGUGGGGAAAAAGCGCAUUCAAAAAAAUAUAGUUACUUCCGCCAAGAAAACGACAAAGUGAUAUAUUAAAUUACAGAUUAUUAUGUCUAUUACAGUGAAAAUACAAAAAGUGUCCCACUUCCGCUUCUGUAGUUUGUUGUGAUUUACUGUAAUUUGUUCUGUUUUUCUGUAGCGAUUACCGAUUUAUCGGCAAAUACAGCGAUAAAACUUAGUUUUUUUCUUUUUUUAAGUAUGAUAAUUUGUAGCAAAGGGAAAUAAUACAUUUUUCGUUAGUUUCAUUGCAUAAAAGGAAUGAAAUUUAAAUUUUAUCGCAGGAUUUGCCGAUAAAUCGGUAAUCGCUACAGAAAAACAAAACAAAUUACAGUAAAUCACAACAAACUACAGAAGCGGAAGUGGGGCACUUUUUGUAUUUUCACUGUAAGCCGUAUUUGCUAAUUUGCUACUUCACGGCGCACAAAAAAUAAUUUAUAUCGGAACAUGAUCAGUGAUCAAACGCAAUGUCUCAUUACCGAAAUAUUGGUCAGGUUUGGAAGCGAUCACGGAAAUAUUACUCCCUUUAUUAUGCUUCACGAGAGCGGCGCAAAUUAGAUGUUGAAGUUAUGAUAAUGUAAAGUUGUGUACGCAAUUUAGUUGUUUGCGCAAGAAACAUCAUGAGUAAUGUAAGUAAUGAAAUAAUGCUGAAACGCGCCCUUUUGGCAGCCAGGCAAGGAAACCUUAAAAUGCAUAUGCGUGGGGUCCAUGUAUUAUUGUAUAAAAGAGCUGUAAGUUGUAAAUGUAUUCAGAUCAAUAGAUCAGUAGGGAAUAGAAUUGGGAUUAGAUUAAUCGCUGGAAGUGGUUAGCAUUGCAUAAUUUAAGUACAAAUUGCAAAUUUCAACACGUUAUAAUGCUGUUUCCUGACCAUCAGAUUUCUGUCAAAUCGUCCCCCAAAGUCCAGGAAAUGGCAUUUCAGACACUCUAAAUUCAAAAAUUUUCCUGGGGGCAUGCCCCGGACCCCCCUAGACAAACCUCGCACCUUCGGCGCUCGGCUUGUGCCUUCGGCCCUCGUUUAUCAAGUGUAAUAUUAAAGGGGCGCAUAUUGGUUGACAGCCCACUGGCCCCCCCAGAAAAAUAGUACCCAGCACGCCACUGGCAUCAAUCUUGAGCAUUUGAUCAAUCAGAUCAGCCAAUCAUAUUUAACCCAUUGAGGCCAGUAUUCUCCCCUAGAUAAGUAAAAUUGUCUGGGGUUAAGGCGGAUUUGCAGUCCUCGCACAAAGCUCCUCGCUGCGAGUGAUGCAUGAGCACUUUCAUCCAAUCACAAUGCUAAACAGUUUAUUUUAAUUAGAUGCAAGCACAUGCGAGGACUGGAAAACCGCCUUUAGACAGGGUAAAAUAAUAAAGUAGGGCGCAAUGCAACUUAACCUAUCAAUUCACCCUACUUUAUUAUUUUACUUUGUCUAAAGCCAAAUGAUUUUACUUGUUGAAGGGAGAGUGCUGGCGGCACUCAAUGGGUUAGUCAGACUAUCUACCCAGGAUCUGAAAUUUGCAGUAUCCUGAUAUCCACGGGAUACCGUACUAAAAUUUGAUUUUGGACACCAAACUGAAUGACUUACAGUGUAUACCAACUGCAUACAAAGAAAAUUUCAAACAUUAGGAAAAUGUUAAGCACCUCUGACAGUCUCCUGAUAGCUUUUGAAUACUUUGAAUACUAUGAGUUUGCCACACAAGCCUUUCCUCAUAUUAUGUGCAAUUACUGUAUGCAUUUUUGUGUAUAUUAAUGAAUAGUCUAGUUGUUGACUGUUGAAUCUCCUGUUGUUAUUGUAAUUUGUAACAGUGAGAGUUAUGGAAACUUACUUGGAUUGGACAGGGUAUAAUAAUUAUGGUAUCCAGAAGUGGUAUACUGGAUUCUCAGGGGGGGAUACUAAACUUUGAAUCCCGUUUGGAUAAUGAGACCCGGUUGGAUAGUGUAAAUUCAUAUAUUCAUGUUCACAUACCGUAAAAACAAUCGCUUUCAAAAGAAAUCCGUCAGGCAGAACACGAAUAUAUGAAUAUGCACCCCCUAAUUAGUGGUCUAGCUACGGCCCUGCGCAGAUGGUGAGAUUUCCACGUACCGGACAGGGCUUUCAGAAUUAUUCAGAGCAGGCGUCUGUUUUGAUAAAGUAGGCAGCUGUUGGAAGGGGGAGGUCUAAAAUUUGAGACUUGGAAAAUUGAUUGACCCCUCAAUUUCCAUAGCUCACCCCCACCUAUACUUCAUGACCAGUCCCUCGCUUUCAUUCUUCAACAAGAUUUAAGAUGGCAAAUAACUAAAUCAGUUUUACAAAAUAGUAUGUCAUUUUCGAAAAUAACCAGGCUAUAUAAAGUGGACCAAGUUGAGGAAAAAUAACUUUGUUUCAAAGCUCAGAGUGGAGGAAGGAGAGCAGAAUUGAUAAUUCAAGUACUAAACACAGUAACCGGCGGUAAAUUUUGUGCCACGCGCCGGAACUCCAGCGGCCCCCAGGUUAUUUUGAAAACCCUGACCGGGCUGAAAAAACGAAGUACCAGACCGUAAUAUCAGAUUUUUAAAAGUGUUGGAUAUUGUACUGUAAUUUUUCAAAAUAGUUAUAAUUGACUGCAUAAUUUGUCUGCAAAUAGCAAAAUAUUGCAUUUUAUGUAAAUGUUCAGUGAAGAGGUCAUUUAUUAUUAUUAUUAUUAUUAUUAUUAUUAUUAUUACAGGUAAACUACAUGAAGCGGUCCUCUUUUGAGUUCCUAACUCAUUUGGAAUUUUCAAAAUUAGAUUUGCAAAUUUGAAAACCCUUCGCAAAUCCCUUGAGGAAAUUCGCAAUUUUCCUGUCGGCCGUUGCGAUAUUCCAACGCAAAGAAAGUUCCUUUUAAAUUUUCCUAACUUCCUGUUUUAAUUUCCUAACUUCCUGUUCUGUUCUGAGCGUUUUCAUUGGUGGAUUAUUUUUGUUGGCCAAUUGCAAUGCGCAGAACAGAACAGAACAGAACAGAACAGAACAGAACAGAACAGAACAGAACAGAACAGGAAGUUAGGAACUUGUAACAGGAAGUUAAGAACUUCUAACAGGAACUGAGGAAAAUUUAUUUUGCUUUUAAGAACAUUGCAAAUUCCCUCAAGGGAUUUGCAAGGGAGUUUUGCAAAUUUGCUAAGGUAAUGACGAAAAUUGCAAUCAACUUAGGAACUCAAAAGAGGAACGCUUCACGUAGUUUACCUGUAAUAUAUUUACUAAUUUUGUAACCAAAGGUUAAAUUACAUCAGCUAUACUACAAAUAAAUAUAUAUAAAGGAAUUAAACCACUAUUUAAAAUGUAGUUUCGAAAUAAUUUGUGGCAGGAAGGAAUAUUCUAAACCGUUCUGUUUUACAAUAAUAAUUAUUAUAUUUACAAUUUCCCCUCGUAUCGUAAGCCUAGGAUGAUUUAUUAGGUAAAAAUUCAUCCAAUUUUUGGAGGUUCUCAUCUCUCAAAAAGAAUUGUUCACAUAAAAUCUCACGUCGUUCCUUUAAGGAUGGAAUAUUAAUAAGUUCUCGUGCAUCGUAACUAAGUUCUGGUAAAAUAAUUCUCAAAGCUCUUCUUUGAACCCUUUCAAUAUCAUCACUCAAAUAACCUGGAAUGUUGAAAUGCCAAACUUGACAAGCGUAUUCUAAGACUGGAUUUAUAAAAUUGGUGAAUGCGGUGGAUAACAUUCUUGUGUCAGCGUUGGCUCGUUUCAAUGACCCUUCAAUAACCUAAGCAUAUACAAUCUUUUCCCAGAUUUCUUAACAAUUUUAUUAACGUGUUCAUUCCAAUUCAUAUUGGUUUGGAUCGUAACGCCGAGAAUUCGGGCACAAUGGACCUAUUCCCUAAUGAACAAAAUUUCCCUAAUGAACAAAAUUUCCCUAAUGAACAAAAUUUCUCUAAUGAGCAAAAUUUCCCUAAUGAACAAAAUUUCGAUCUAGACACGUCUAGACAAACAUUUCAUCACAGCUUGAAAGAGCAUCGCAAAAUUAGUAAUAUUCCGAAGUUUCGUUGCGAAAUGUUGUAAAAUGCGGAUAAUAUAGCCCUGCGAAGUUUACCGUUUUUCAGUCAUUUUGUAUUACAAACGGGAAAUUGACAGCCCCAAUUGGGCUGUCAAUUUCCCGUUUGUAAUCUAAAAUGACUGAAAAUUGCAAACUUCGCAAGGCUAUAUUACUUGCAUUUUACAACAUUUGAGGGCCCCCUAUACUUUUUGCGUGAAGCGUGAAGGGCUUAUUUUACUUAGCCGUGAAACGUGAUCGGGCCCCCUAUACUUUUUGCGUGAAGCGUGAAGGGCCUAUUUUACUUAGCCGUGAAAUGUGAUCGAUGAUUAUCUUAAUCCGUGACUCGUGAAAAGGCAAAAUAUUUUUACGUGAACGCAUAUUGUGAAGAGGUCUGGGGGGCCCUCACAUUUCGCAACGAAACUUUGGAAUAUCACUAAUUUUGUGAUGCUCUUUCAAGCUGUGAUGAAAUUUUUGUCUAGAUCAAAAUUUAGUCUAUUACGCGCGGGAAAUUGAUACCGUUUUCUGAAAAAGGUAUCAAUUUCUCAUGCGUAAUACAAAAUGACUGAAAAACGGCAAACUUCGCAGGGCUAUAUUAUCCGCAUUUUACAACAUUUCGCAACGAAACUUCGGAAUAUUAUUAAUUUUGUGAUGCUUUUUCAAGCCGUGAUAAAUUUUUGUCUAAACUUGUCUACAUCAAAAUUUUGUUCAUUAGGGAAUAGGUCCAUUUACACGUUCAACCUCAGUGUUAUCGAUUAAUAAUGGUGGGAAAUUCCGUUUUAGCCUACCAAAGUCAAGGAUCAUUUCUUUGCAUUUAGUGACAUUAAGUUUCAUAUUAUUGGUAACAGUCUAAUUAUAAAUAUAAUCGACGAGAUCCUGGAGAUUACUGCUACAAUCCACCGGGACACUUUCAGUAGCCGUACUAUCAUCUACGUACUUCCAUCGGUCGGGCCAUUCAUCGAGAAGAUCGUUUAUCAUAACCAAAAAAAAAAAACAGGACCCAAAGCAGUUCCCUGCGGUAUUCCUCCGUUUAAAGCUUUCCAACUCGAAGACCAACUACCCAGCUUCACACAUUGCCUCAGUUCAGUUAAAAAAACUUUUAAUCCAAUUAAGAAUAGUUGGAGGAACGUUCAAUUCCAAUAAUUUAUGCAACAAAAUGUUGUGGUCUAUCAGGUCGAACGCCUUAGAAAAGUCAAGAAGAAACACUCUAAUUUUGACGCAUCAGUUUCCUUUAAUAAGUGAUGUACCAAACUAAUUAAAUUAUGAGUCGUUGAGGAAUUCUUCAAAGAGCCAAAUUGCCUCUUAUCGAUUUGUUCUUGAUUGAACUAAUCAACCAAUCAGAUACAAACGAUUCGCAGAUUUUAGACAAAGUAGGUGUCAAUAAAAUAGGACGCAAAUCGGUUGUUAUAUCUGCAGGUACCGAUAUUUUUGGUAUUGGAAUAACUUCAGCCUCUAAGAUAUAAGAAUAUAAAUGUUUAAGUACCCAAUUUGGGAUGCCGUCACGUUUGUACAUAACAUUGUUCAUGUUAGAUAUAUAAUUAAUGCCCUUUCCUGUUAUGUAACAAACCAGGUUUUGCCGUUACUGCGUGGAAAAUUAAAUUAAAUUUAAUACUAAAGCAUUGAUCAAAACCAUUAAAGGCAGCUUUCUUGGUUCCAAUCGUAUCUUCAGCAUCGUCGACUUUAACGGGUUACAGUGCUUGAAACAACAUCUUCGUUUUGCCUGUAACGUCUGGUGUACCUCAAGGAUCGAUCUUAGGACUGAUUAUGUUCCUACUUUACGAUCUACACAGACGUCGUAACUUCAUCAUCAGUAGAGAGUUUAGGAUACGUGGACGUCACGAAAAGUACACGCUAAAUUCAUAGUGUUAGCAACACGGGUAAAAAGUAUGGAUCCUUUUUGUAAACAAAGACAGAUACAGGUGAAAAAUAAACUGGUAACAGAUCUGCGCACCUUAUAGCACAUCUUAAAUAGUAGCUGCAUAUGCCGACGGCACCAAACUCCUUUUACAACAGGACUUAAACAACGUGGAAGCGUGGUCUUCUACUUCUGAUAUGUCAUUUAACAAGAGAAAAUGCAAGACCCAACCCAUAUCAAGGAAAAGAAAACCAAUCAUGACCUUAAAAUGAAUAAGAUGAUGCCAGUGUAAGGUGUAUGUAAAUAUCAAGAUUUUGUGGCAUCUACACUAGAUAUAGUAUUAUAACUAUUUUAUAGAAGGGUUUUGUAGAUCGAUUUGCAAGUAUGAAUUUUAUACAUUUAUUAAACCUAACCAGGAGCAGCUCGACAACUGCUCUCUGUACUGAGCUCUGGGGCCGGUUGUUUGAAAGACGAUUAGCUUAAUCCUAGGUUAACCUAAACUUGUAUAAGCAAACUUCCUGACAGCUGGUCUACAAAUUUAGAAAUAUUUCUUCAGAAAUCUUGGCUGGGUCCAUAUAGGAGUUGACUUCCCUGAAGUUUUGAAAUAAACAGACGUUCAGAAAUACGCAAACCAAAACAGCAGGUUACAUUUUAAUCCAGGGUUAGCACUAAUCCAGCUUUGAACAACUGGCCCCAGUUGGUUAGAGCGCUGCGCCGGAAUUGCAGGCCGCAGGUUCGAUUCCUGCUGGAGGGCCUAUAAUUGCAUUUUUCACUGGUCCUGGUUAGGGCUAAUUUAAUGUAUAAAAUUCCCACUCGCAAGUCGAUCUAUCAAGUAUAUCCUUCAUCUGCAAUUUUGUUGCGAACUCACAUACAAGGAAAGACUAAUUCAAGCUAAUUCAAUUCCGCUAACUUGCUGGCAUGAAUACUUGGACAUGGUAUUUUCUUCAAGAUCAUCAAUGACCUCACUUCGUAUGAAUAAAACUAUUUUACUUAUGGCUAAGAAAUGUACGAGACUUACGAUCUCGAACAUCGACGUGCGUCAUACCUAAUACGAUCGUCAAGCGUAUGGAAUGAUGCACUGCCACAUGAAACCCGACGCAAAUCAACAUUCCUUCAAACUUUUAAACCACUUAGCCCUUGUCGCGACUCACGAUCCUGAUGAUAUGCUUACAUAGAAAACAGUCUGUGUCAAGUGCAACUAUAAGCUCGCAGCUGGCUGGUUUCUCCAUCUUCUUGUUUUUAAAUCUAACCCAGCAAAUUGAUGAACAUAAAACAUUUUUGUUUGUUUGUUUGUUUGUUUGUUUGUUUGUUUGUUUGUUUGUUUGUUUGUUUGUUUGUUUGUUUGUUUGUUUGUUUGUUUGUUUGUUUGUUUGUUUGUUUGCUUGCUUGCUUGCUUGCUUGCUUGCUUGUUUGUUUGUUUGUUUGUUUGUUUGUUUGUUUGUUUGUUUGUUUGUUUGUUUGUUUGUUUGUUUGUUUGUUUGUUUGUUUGUUUGUUUGAUUCUUUGUUUGAUUCUUUGUCAUACGUUCUACGUUUCUGUUUUUGUUCCACUAUAUAUGUUUCUAAUAUUUUCUGUAAUCAUAAGUUUAAUGUUGAUCCGCAGUAAUUGGCCUCAUCUCAUGUUGCGGUUUUCCUAGCUUAUACGUAUAAUUUUUACACUAUUUGCACGUAUGUAGCACAUUAUAUAAGACAAAGUAAAAAAAUGAAUGUAGUUAGUGCAUUACAUGACAGUCACUGAAAGAGUUAACUGUGAUUCUUACUCUAAAUUUUAUUCCAUUGCAGUUAUUCCAAUAAUCAUUGAUCGUCUGGGUGACAGUAAAGCAGUGGUAAGAAUCUUGUAAACUAAAUAGUGCAUGGGUUAUUGUUGAAAAUAAUUGUCAUUAAUAUAGUCUACAGUAGUGGAAUAUCGUGGCUAAUGCGAGAGGCACAAUAUAUUACUUGAAAGAUUACUUGACGUACACUUCAUUCGCAGACAAAAAAAAUCUAAAAAAAUGCUCUCACAAUAUCAUGAAAAAUAUUUCCAAUACCCUAAAGACAUUGAUUUAAAAGAAAAAAUGCCCUGAAAAGUAUUUCAAAAAUUGUAAAAGGCCCAUGCAAAUCCCUGAAAAUAUGGUCAUAGUCUAGAGAUACCAUACAGUAUACCAGAGAUAUACCAUAUGCAGUGAUUUUAACAUCUAAAAAAUCCUCGUAAUGUAUGCUUUUUUAGAGUAGUACACCCCUCACUACUUUUCUUACUACUGUAAGUGACUGCCGCUUCAGGUAGAUUCAAUUGCGAUAUUAUAUAGAGACCCUAUGAUGCAGCGUGUUAGAAAUGAGCCGAUUAAUUAUUUAACCUUUGCCAAUUAACCAGCCGUAUUGAGAUAAUCUGUAAUAGGCCAAUACACCCUUUCGAUGAUUACGUCAUUUGGCCUGGGAGCCUCGCUUUCAUAAAUCGUGAGCCAAUCACCAGAGCAGGAAAAAAGAAUUUUCUUCCUGGAAGCACAACCGGAGACAAAAAUUUCCUGCAGAUCAGCGGAGUAUUUUUGUGCUAAGUCUGCAUGUGCAUAAACAUAUAGUGUUCUAGCUGACCAUAGUUUUAAAUUCAAGGAAUGUCUGUCAACCAUAUGUCGUUGCGUCCAUAGUGGGGCAUGGGUGUUAAGGUUUCCUUCAAAUUUUCAUUGAAAUGAAUUUCCUGCAGCGUAUUUAAACAUUUCCUGCGAGCGGUGCUCGCGUGCUCCCCUCAAUUUUUCCACUCCUGCCGGCCAACUCCCAUGCUUCGAAAUAACCACAAGAAAAUCGGAACGAAUUGACAUAAUAUUUAACGGUCCACAACAUCUCAAAAGUCAGUCUCGUCCCCAGAGUGAAAAUGUGUGACCAGUUCAGGGUGCGAUAAAUUGCGAUCUGGUUGGUACUUCAGCCAAGUACUCAAGGAAUAGGUACACGGAACUUUUGCUAUCUGCGUACUCACUUUUUGUAGGUACCAUUUGACCUUUCCAUGCCCAAAGGUAUUCCAAACCGUAAUUUUAAUUACUUAAAAGUCGUAUGUGUAUGUCUGACAUGUCCGCUUGGCAUGAAACAUAAAUAGAUUGAUAGAAUUAAAAAUUCAGUUGUAGAGUUUCUAAAUGCAAUUAUUCUUCGUGUUUUAACCCGCAGUUUCAAUUCAGGUUAAAUGAAAUUUUUCAGAAACCUGUGCUUUAUGUACUUCAUUUUAAAGACUGUAAGUACACCUGGAGUCUUACGUUUGUACCAACUCAAAUACGCGGCAAUACUCAUUGGACGGUACAACUGAGGUACGACUACAAAAUUUGAAUUAUCGCACCUGCAGUCACCAUGUGACUGGUCAUUGACCGUUGACCGGUCAUUACUACCGCUACCAAUAAGAGACCAUUAACCAAUCAGAUGCGUUUGGUAUAUCCGAUUAGCCAAUCAGAUGCGUACUAAGAAAGUGAGUGGUAGUGUCUAAUCUUAACCUCUAUUUUGAGCCCUGCCAAACUACCAUGAAUAUUUCUUAGACAUUUAUUGAGCAUUCAUCGUCCAGGUUUGUAUACCCAGCCUCCGUACCUUUAGUAACUGAGCUGUUUCCUUCCUACUUAAAUGUCGUCUGGUUAUUUCCCUGCCAUCAAAAUUGAUUUCAGCUUUGAAUCUCACUGUAUCAGCUCCUGUGACCAAAAAAACCCAAAGGAAAUUAAGAUCAAGAUCAGGCCUAGAAAAUAUAUUUGUCUUCCUGGCAGCAAAAUCCAAAAAUAAAAAUUUCCUGUGUAAGUCAAUUAUAAGACUUGCUGCAUCGUAAAUUGCAGAGAACGGAUGGUGUCGCACGAGUUUGCAAACUCUUGCAAAAUGCUUUUGGACUUUUUAAACAAUAAGUAAAUUAUAUGGCAUUUCAGUUUAUAAGAUGACAGGAAUUUCCUGCAAGGUGUAAGAAAAUUUCCUGGGAAGAUAUUUUGUCAAACAUUUCCUGGCAGCGGUGCUGCUGGCGCUGCCGGACAUUUUCCAGCACUGCCAAUCACCUUGCGUAAUUUACUGAUGAGAGCGAGGCUCCAGGACCAAAACGUAUGUGUGACGUAAUUAUCGAAAGGGUGCAUUAACUCUCGCAUUCUGACGUUGAAUUUAUCACUCCGAUGAUAUCUUAAAGCCUGGCGCACACGAUGCGAUUUUAGUCGGCCGAUAAAAAUCGUUUGACGUACCGAUAUACAUCGGUAUACUCCGCACACGAUUACGAAAAAAAUAUGCUCUCUGAACUGUAGCCGCCAUGUUGCCAAAUAAAUACAAGCACGUGAUCAGAGCAUGAAAUCUGAUUGGUUAUACUUAAAAUUCCACCGAUAAAAAUCGUAUAAUAUCAAAACGUUUUGAUGUUGUCCGAUUAAAAUCGUGCAACAAAAAUCGGUUAAAAAUGACACCGCACACACAACGAUUUUGUUAGUUUUAGUCAAACGAUUUUUAUCGGCCGACUAAAAUCGCAUCGUGUGCGCCAGGUUUUAGCCCAUUAAGCUGCAAUGCACCCAACCUUUUUAUUUUACUUUGUCUAACACCAAGAGAGAGAGCUUUGCAUUGAUGGGUUAACAUCUGAAGUUGUUUUGUUUAGUUUAUGAGGCAUUUUGGAAGUAGAUAACUUAGAUGCUUAUCAAUAUGCUACUAAAGAACAAUUUAACGUUUUAACUGAAGUAUUUAAUUUUUGAGUUUUCUUUUUACCUUUUUUCUUUCCAUAAUAUAAUUUUGAUAUUAAACUGAAACUUUGGUGAAUACCUUGCAGUUUAUUGUCAAUGAUUUUAUACAACUCUUGUAUCGGCUCAUCUCUCGUAAUAUGGCAAUGUGACGAUGACAGCUAUUGAGACAAUGAAAUCCAUAAUAUUUAAGAAAUGAAAUGAAUAAUUAAAAUCUCAUUUAGACUUUGUUCUUACUCUACAUACAAUGGUAAAUCACAGGUAACUCGCAGGCCAACCCACAAGCAACCACAGAAUAUGUCCUUUGCACAAGGCCUGCAUUUCAAGCUGCGAGAAGUAGUGCUCAGCAAAUUGGCUCAGUGCUGAAAUAGAAAUCUUUUCAACCAUCCUGACUUUUUCUGAUCUCAAACUGUAUUAAUUUCAUGCGAUUGAUAAAACAUGACAAGUUUUGUUUUCUUGAUGAUCAUUAAUUUGAAUGAGUUUGUAUUGGACGUCAUCACCCUGUUGCUAAAAUUUGUGUUUAAUAUUUCUUUAGGUGAGAGAGAACUCACGUUUGUUCCUUCUAGAACUGAUGAAUGCAAUGACACCACAGGUGAAUUUUUUUGUAAAUUGACGGUUAUGGUGUCUUUUAUAUUUAUUUGUAUUUUGUAUUUAUAUUUUCUGCAACCUCAGAUCUUGUAAAAUUGUUUGAAAUUAUAGUACAGUACUGUAUGUGUCUUUUCUGUAUAAAGUUAAUAUAUGUACCAGUCCACACAUGAGUAUAUACUGGAAAGCGGCUUUAAAGCAAGUUAAUGUUUCACAUUUGCUCAGAGGUUGACUCCUGAACUUAACUACUAUUUGCUUAAAAUGCUAAUUAAUAUACGAAUUAUAAACUAACAAGUUUUUAUUUGAAUCAUAUUUUCAGGCUGUACUUGAUAUGUUGAUUCCAGCGUUUUCUCACAAGGGAUAUAAAGUGCGUGAAGAAGUUUUGACAUGUCUCAUGGACGCUAUCAAUACGUAAGUGUGGUAAAUGUGGUGUUUGUGCAUAAAGUAGACUUUACUGUUUAUUGCACGGUUUGCCCUAUAAUGGUCUCGUUUUCAUGUUUGUCUGUUUUAGCAUGGCGCACAUUUACGUUAUAUCCCCAUGUUUCGUGUUUAUCCCCAUGUUUCGUGUUUAUCCCCAUGUUUCGUGUUUAUCCCCAUGUUUCGUGUUUAUCCCCAUGUUUCGUGUUUAUCCCCAUGUUUCGUGUUUAUCCCCAUGUUUCGUGUUUAUCCCCAUGUUUCGUGUUUAUCCCCAUGUUUCGUGUUUAUCCCCAUGUUUCAUGUUUCACGAAUAUUUUUCUUUUUGAUCUUGAUCCCAAUCACACGCUUAUCCUUAAGUCUACUGUGCACGAAACAUGAGCAUAUAUAACCACAUGAAAACGGGGCAAUUGGGGCAAGAGAGCAAUAAACAGAUUACUAAAAUACUGUAAUUGUCUAUCAAUAAUGGUUAAAACAUUGUUACAGAAAAGUUUGGUACAGUGGAUUGGUGGUACUCUCCUGUAGUUACUUUGUUACUCACCUUUGUUGUUAUAGUAUUUUGUAUUUUUUUCGUACUGGUUGUUGUUCUACCAUGCAAUUUCAAAUUGUUAAUUUCCUGUAGGUUUGGCGUUUCAAAAUUAUCUGUGUCGAAGUUUACACCUCACAUUUGUAAAUUGUUAGGUGAUGCCAACAGUCAGGU